AUGGUGGUGUAUGUCAACCGAGAUGGAAUUGAUCUUCAGUUGACCAUCGACGGGGAGGUAGCUAAGAUCGAAACCGCUGGAAGCGUAUGGACAGGCCGGCGGGAUGGAAACCUGCUCCACUUCGGUGAGAAGGUGGUCAGCAUGCGCCAGGGAUACCUGGAGUUCAUGGGCGAGACCUGGCAAAGUUGCGACCUGCUUCGUGAGUUCGAGGCCAUCCAGAGUUCGAGUCCCAGCGCCGAAGCGGCGGCGGUCUGCGAGGACCUCCCUGGGGCGUGGUCGCCGGCGGUGUGCCAGGUGGAGGGAGCCACCUUGGAGGACACCCCACAGUUGCAGGUGUCGACCUUCGAGGGGCUCUUUGGGGAGCUGUCGGGCGAGCUCCCGGCGCUGCUGCAGGACAACGCGCGGCGCAGCAGCUUUUGGUCCAGCCAGCCCAGCAUGCUGCAGAAGUACGUGAUCGCCGCUGGGUUAGCCAGACGAGACGUGCAGUGCCAUGCUCCGGCGGGGUGCGGGCAAGUCUUUUCUUGCCUCAUCCCUAUGCUGGCCAACAUGAUGCGCAAGCAGGAUGUUGGCAUGGGGGCGCUGGCCGCUUUUCAAGGACAGUGCCUGCCUGACACGGUGAUCCUGUGCCCCACGUCAGAGGUGGCCUGGCAGGUCUUUCAGGCCUCCAGCUUCCUGCUGAAAGGCUCGGACUUUCGCUGCGUCAGCCUCCAGGGAAGCAUGAGAGAGCAAAUCGCCCAACUUGCUCGUGGCGCUGAUGUGCUGGUGGCAACGCCCGAGCGACUGCUCCUUUUCGUUCCAGACGGCAUCGUGGGCUUCAAGCAGACAUUUGGCCUUGUAAUGCUCGACAUGGGCUGCAUGAUUGAUAUGGGUAUGGGAGGUGCGAUUCAGGAGAUGGUGACACAGCACAGUAUGCCCGGCCAGGACGACCGCAUGAGCAUGAUGUUCAUGCACUGUGCAUCAAUUCAGGGCCUGGACCAAUGGCGACGUACCCUCCUGUACAGACCCAUCGUCAUGCGCGUCACUGACCGGGCCUGCCCCAGACGCAUCGUGCACCGCAUGCAUGCAGUGGAGCGGACCCAGAAGGUAGAGCAAUUGGUGGCCGAGGUCAACCAGUGGCUCCAGAGCCGGCUGCGCCUCAUCAUCUUUGCGCACAGCCGCGUCCAGGCUAAGGCCCUGGACGAAAGACUCUGGCAGGAGCACAUAGCAACCGCCGUGCUGCAUGGCAGUUUGGAGGAGCAGCAGCGGCAUCGGACCUGGAGAAGAUUCAUGCAGGGCCAGAUAUUGGUUCUGGUCACGACUGAUGCUGGCAUUCGAGGCUUAGACAUCUCCAGCAUCACCUGCAUCGUGAACUAUGACCUCCCACUCAAAGCCGAGGCAUUCAAUCAGCGAGUGGGCAAAACAAGGAUAAGCCAUGAGGCUACAAUCACGACAUACAUCACGCAGGAAGAAGGGUAUUUUAUUGAUGACAUUCAAGUUCUUUCAGCUUUUCAAGGCAUUCUGAUGGCAGAUGGCGCGGCUGUACCGGAUUGGCUUGCACAGGGCAUCAGGCUGGUAAAGGAGGGCAAAAGUGGGAGGGCCUCGCUAACAAACGGCUGGCGAAACGGAUGGGAGGAAGGCAUCGGUCGGCAGCAAGACUGGCGACAAUCAAAUGGCAAUUGGCAGCAAGGGGACUGGCAAAGCAGCUGGCAGCAGGAUGGCUGGCAGCGAGAAUGCAAUUGGCAGCAUGACUGGCCACAAGAUGGCUGGCCGCAGAAUAGCUGGUUGCCAGAUGGCAGGCAACAAAAUGGCAGGCAACAGAAUGGCAACUGGCAGCAGAAUGGCCAGCGAAUCUGGCAGUGA